CGAUUCCACUGGGUGGCGUGUUCCUGAGACCAUGGAAUGAUUUAUCACUGUACUAUUUCCUCCUUUUUUUCACAGGUUGUACUUCCAACCAGAGUUGGCCAGGUCUAUGUGUAUGACACAGCUCCACAGAUGGAACAAGAUGAAUACGAUGUCCCCCCAUCCAGAAUUCCUCCCCCUGCUGCUCCACAGGAGAUUUAUGAUGUGCUCCCCACAAGAGGCGGGAUGGUGCUCUCUGGGAAUCAGUACGGGCAGGAGGUGUAUGAUACUCCCCCUAUGGCAGUAAAGGACCCUAACAGUAGAGACAAAAUGCAGGACAUUUAUGAUGUACCACCUAGUGUGGAAAUGAAUCAGCAAGGUCAUCAGACUGUCUAUGAUAUUCCUCCGUCUGUAAGUAAAGAUGUCCCAGACGGCUUUGUCACAGAAGAUACGUAUGAUGUCCCGCCAUCAUUUGCUCACAGAACAAUGAAGAAGAAUUCCGACCUCAGGAGGUACCCAGCUUCACCCCAAAACCCUGCUGUGCAGGACGGCUAUCCGCCUGAGGAUGUGUACGAUGUACCUCCACUGGCGGGAAAGCUUACAGAUACGUCCUUCAACCAGGAUAUCUAUGACGUUCCUCCAAGCCAGAAGAUACUUGGAGGGCAGAAGACAAUCACUCAGGAUGUGUAUGAUUUCCCGAGGGACCUCAGCGUGCCAAAUUCAGGAGGCAAGGGAUCCCUGAACGAGGAGUCUGGUGGGGAUUAUAUUUACGACGUGCCUCCUCAGGUGUGUAGAGAUGCCACCACGGAGGACAUCACCAACAGCUUCAAAAGGCUUUCAGCCUCCAGCACAGGCAGCACGAGGAGUAAUAUCUCAACGUCUUCCCUUGACGUCAUCCCUGUCAAGGAGUCUUCGAACACCUUGCCCAAGCCAAGUGGCAGGGAGCUCAAUUUGGACUUAGAAGCGGCGAUGGAAAUGCUGGCAAAGCUGCAGCAAAACGUGGAGAGUUCCGUUUCUUAUCUCAUGUCCUUCAUCAUCAGUAGCUGGAGGAACCGCGAGCACAUGGAAGCCAACGUGCAGAACAUCCAGAGCGGGGUUGAAAAGGUAAAGAAUUCUGUGAAGGAUCUUCUGGAGUUUGGCCGAGGAGCUGUUGCGAAUUCCACGCAAGCGACUGAUCGCACUUUGCACACCAAGCUGAGCAAACAGGUGCAGAAAAUGGAAGAGGUCUACCAGGUGCUACUCAAACACAGCCAGGCAUUGGACAACUGCAAUUGGGCGCUUAAUGUUUUGGUAAUGAACAAGCAGAGUUCAUCAGAUGACCUCGACAGGUUUGUCAUGUACUCACGGGGCAUCCCCGAUGAUACAAAGCAGCUCGCGUCUUUCCUUCACGGCAAUGCUUCGCUGCUCUUUAAACGGACAAAACAGCAACCAUCACAGGGGGAUCCCAAGUCUAACCUGUCCCAGUCGGGCCUUGACAGUCACUCAACCAACAACAACAAUAUAUCGCACUCUCAGACGGGACACGCAGACAAGGCCAAUAUACAGGCACGGCCUCUGCCAUCGCCACCGAGAUACACUGCUGAAGAGGCCCCAGACACCCAAUACGAGAACAAUGGUAGUGGGUGGAUGGAAGACUAUGACUACGUUCACUUGCAGGGGAAGGAAGAGUUUGAAAAAACACAAAAGGAGUUGCUGGAGAAAGGGAACAUCAUACGACAAGGCAAAGCACAGCUGGAGCAACAGCAGGUCAAACAGUUUGAGCGUCUAGAGCAAGAGGUAACCAGACCUAUUGAGAAUGACCUCUCAAACUGGACCCCAACCCACCAAUACGCACAGGUUAAGAGCAAGCUGAGCACCUCGGACAGGCAGCUCCUUUUGUUUUACUCAGAACAGUGCGAGUCAAACAUCACAACAUUAAUCAAUGCCAUCGAUGCCUUCUUCACAUCCAUCAACAACAACCAGCCUCCCAAAAUCUUCGUGGCGCACAGCAAGUUCGUCAUUCUCAGCGCGCACAAGUUAGUCUUCAUCGGAGACACUCUCUCCCGCCAGGCCAAGUCACAAGAGGUCCGCAAUAAAGUCACGCACUACAGCAACCUGCUCUGUGACAUGCUUAAACACAUUGUGGUGACUACCAAGACGGCAGCCUUGCAAUAUCCAUCUCCCACUGCUGCCAAGGAGAUGGUGGACAGAGUCACCGAGUUAUCCCACUGUACACAGCAGUUCAAGAUGGUGAUAAGUCAGUUAGCGGGCAUGUGAGGAUGUGCAACAGAGCACCUUCAGACUAAACUGUACAUUCGUUGCAUUUCAAGAUUGAAUGAAUUAAACCACUGUAAAUGGAAUACUGUAAAUAUUUGUCCUAAGAAAUACCCCUGCAGAGAAAAAAUACGUUUUUGGUCUGUUGGAAAGAAUUCAGCGGGGGUAUUUUUUGUUAAAGACUUUACCAUUUAUAAUUAAUCAAGGGUGUUUAAAUUCUGAACGCUGUUGUGUUCCUUUUUUUAAAAAAAAAAGUUCAUUUAAUGUUGUGUUCUGUAAAAUGAAAGCAGAAAUAAUUAUUUUCAGCGUUGAUUUUAAAUUGUGGACGUGUGGGUUAUAUUUUAAAAUUUAUUAAAGUAAAAGGAAGAUUAUCAGAACAACGAAAAUAGACGGAGGACAUUUUUCUACUGUGGCAAUUAGCUAAGUAAUUGUUUUCGUUGUCACGGGACUGUGUUAACUGGCAAAGUAUCGCGGCUGCAUAAGAGUUCUGAUUCUGUAUAAUAAAUCAUAUUAGCAGCAUCUCACGAGAGGUCACAAAGAAAACGGGGAAUAACAGGUAAAACCAAGAGGGCAAAACUGCCCCUUCAGAGUGAAGUGUAUGUGAAGAAAGGUAUUAAUGUUUCAUCUGUGUUUUUUUUAGAUCUUAACCUCAGUAUGAGGUACAUAUUGCAUUGCAUUUCAACCCUUUCCCAUUCACCAGCUAUUGCAGAAAAUGCAAAUGAAUUGGUGCCUUGAAAUUAUUGAGCUUCUGCUGGUAAACAGAGCUGAAGUGAUUUGCAGCCUGUACUCGCAUUGGAUCCAUUGGGGGGAACCAAGUAAAAAAACAAACUGAUAUGCAGCGUCACUUUUAGUGACGUUGUUUCUGAACAAAAAUCAUAUUUCACAGUUUUGACAUUCACUGCAAUUACAUAAUUGCAAUUGCAAAACUGUUUUGUUGAACGUUGGGUUUCAGCGAAAACACUGAUCUGAAAGUAUGAGAAAGAACUUCCUCUAAAACUUUUAACCAAAGAUUGCCUAAGGAUAUCUGACUUUGCCAGUAUUGUUGGAACUGCAAAUCCAACAAUGGUUCACUUUGGUGCUGAUGGGAGCCCACAAACCUCCAUUUAACAUCCCCUUUACGUGGCAUAUGAAUUGCUGACAGUUCCGCUCACACUAUCGUGCUGCGCCUAGCUUACUUGGUUACUGCCAGCCUUGAGUGUGUCAGUAGCAUGUUCAACAGGCAGAAGAGGAGGGCUGUGUGUUGCCAAUGCACUGCCUCCUGCAAUGGGUCCCAAAUGUUGCCAGUUUUAGCCAUCCCGCACGCACGUGCUAAAUGCUGGAGGCAAGCACGUGCUUGGAAGCGGUGAUGGCGCUGCAUGCUUGGCGUUGCCAUGCACGGUGUUAACAGCGCAGUAGAUGUACAGCCCAAAACCCGCUGCAUUCACCUCAGACCUACCGGUUUGCCCGACAUCGCUCAGAUCCCAGCACACUGCGCACACAGGGAGAUGCCAUUGCCACCCAACAUCGUCACAUCGCAUGCAAAGUAACGUGACAGUGUGUGCGGUGUGGUGAAUUGACCGCCGCGUGUGUGGUCCUAGUGAAUCCUACGUGUGCGCAUGAGGUUAACUCAGCGGAGGGCUCACACUCAGGGCUGUGACCACAAGAGUGCUGCUUGUUAAGCCAUGUCUUGUUACUGUUAUGCCACUAUUCCAAACUGAGGUCUAAGCUAAACACUCCGUUACUACUUCUCUCGCUCUCCUUAUUGUAUCAAUCUUUAUCUUGCAUUGUAAAAUGAGCACAUGGUACCACCCAUUCACACUCCAGCUUUUGUUUUCUUGCGAAAUGUUAUGUAUGUUUAAUAUCUGACGUGGUCGGAGGAUCGAUUAGCUCUGUAUGAGAUGCAUUCUUGUGAAUGUCUGCACCUUCUGUGACUAAAAGCAACCUUGCUUGAAAGACGCUGAUUCAGAGACUCUUGGUGGAAAUUCUAAUUCUCCGGAAUGUGAAAAGAAUUUCUUCCGAACAAAAAGUCAGGCAGAUUGGCUGAGCACCUGAUCAGUGAAAAAUUGUACAUGGAUCCCAGACAAAAGAGGAAACUGCAAUGCUGUAUAUCUUCUGAACACAACACUUCUGCACCAGCCAAAACCUUUGAAAACCGUUUCAACAUUGAGGCCGCAACGUUGCCAUUGAUUGGUGCUGCGGUUGACACAGCCCUGUUAUGAGUGAGUGAAGCAAUUAGCAAAUUUUGUCCAUAAAUGUAGAUGUUGAAGUGAUCCAAAAUAUUACGGAUUGCAGAGUGAAAGGGGCUGAACCUGACAACGAAACUCAUCCUUUACAGCUUUUACAGGUCCUGCUAGAAAUUCCCCCAAUAGUCUAAACCUACUUUGCAUUUUACCUUUUUAUUUCUCUGGUCUUAACAUUAUGGUGAAACACUGCUGUAAAUGUGAUGUAUUCUUUACCAUGCAAACUUAGUUCAUAUUCAUCCAAAUUUUUAGUUCUCUUGCACAGUGGUUGGUUUAGGGUGGCUGUUGCCUUUUGUAUUAUAUUCAACUGGAUUUAUUUUUAAUUAUUAAACAGGCUUAAGAAUCAUGAAA